AAAGUAAUGAAAGUGGACGACCUUGAGCAAGGAAAUUUAGAUGUGGUUAGGUUUAUGUUCUUUAAAAAGUCUGAAAAGCAUCCCGUUGUUCAUACAAUAUGUGAUAAUAUAUCUUUCAUUAAAGCAUUUACUCAGGGACAAUGAUUCACUAUACCAUAUAAUUGAUAAUAUUGUGAUAAGAAACUGAGAGCUCUCAGUUUAUCACUACUAGUAGAUAAGUAUACCUUAGGAUUUAAACAGUUCAUAAUCAAGAUAUUAUUUUUGUGAACAAUCAUGUGUAGACUGACUUUCCAGGUGGUUAACUCACAAGUUAUUAGUUUAUAUGGGUUUUGUUCAGUGAUAGGUUUUUGUUCGACAUUCCCCAGCGUCUAAGCGAUUUAGGAGACCUAUUGCAGUAGUUCAUGCGUUGAUCUUGUGUUCUACGAAAUAUCUUGAUGCCUACACACAGAACCCACAUAUUUUCAACUCCGGGAUGUUAUUUUAACCCACAAAAGCACAGAAUUUUAAAGACACUACCAAGAACUACUUGUUUUUUUCACUUUGGGGUUGUCGAAUUAUGCACCUAUACGACACUAAUUUUACCACUCUUAAUCUUUGACUUUCUCUUAAAUCGUCUUAGCAUGGUUCGUGUAUUUUAGUCAAACGCCUAGACACAAAAAGAAACCAUUCAAUGGAAUACGAGUACACGCCUGUUCACCUUGUUUACAAAUCACACUUUCUAAUCAGGACAUAUCAGAAGUAUGAAAGCCAAGAGCAGGAGGAUACAGGUUUUCUCACAGAGCAGUCAACUCUUGAGACUUACUGCCAAAUUGAUUGUUGUCUGGAACUCCAGUCGACCCAUUCGAGAGGAAAUCAGACACCCGUAAAAAUCUUGACAAGUAUAUGUGUGGUCAGAUUGUUCAAAAUGUAUGGGUCAGUUCCAUCACAUUUUUCGAACCAAAUUCAUUUCACUGAACUAUCAAAACCUGUAAAACUGGACUAAUGAAUUUAAAUAUCACGUUGUUUGUGAUAAUCUCUCCGACUCCUCAGACAAUUCAAUUCGGGACACGUCUUUUACACAGCUUUAUUUUAUUGAUUCAAACACGUGAACUUUGGCACAAGGAGGCACCAAAUACAUGUGAGCCACAAAUCAUUCGGUUCGUGUGAGGGCUGGGAUACUUUCCGGGCGCCCGAACCGAAACAGGUGGUUUACUUAGGAGGCUACACCCGGAGCCUUUGAUAUAGAAGUAGUAGAACAACGUUAGGAGAUGCAGUCCCAUGGAAGCCGGUGACCAACAAUUGGUUCAUACGCCAUUUGUUCCCUCAGGAUACUGGAGCCCAUGUGCACCAUUGGUUUGUGAUCCGGUUAAAGCGCCGGACAUUCGCUUUUCGUCCUCUCAUUUUCGUAAACAACACCCCCGCCACGAGAAGGCAGUGAGUAGGACUUCCCUAGCAGAGGUUAUAUACGCGUGGCCAUAUGAGAGCAUUUCGAGAGGGAGAGCGGACUCUUCCCACUCUCGGCCGUACCAGGGCAUUUGGGGGCUUUAUUAUGUUUGUGAAUAUAUUUAGGUCAGUCUUUCGGUAGGUUAUUUUCUGUCAUUUAUAAGCUAUAUGAUCCUUAAGUGGCUUAUGAUUGAUAACUUGGUAUUCUUUAGACUGAUCUGCUGCAUAAAUACUAACUUUCACCAGUUGCUUCUAUCCCAUCUUCGGUCAUUGAAAUUUUAUCAAUGGAGGACGAAGAAGUCAUAAAUAGAAAUAUAAAUCUCACAGGCUGUGGAGCUAGUUGGGCAUGUGAUCCAAGAAGACGUCCUCAUCGCUAUAUUGUAUUGUUCUUCAUUUGUUUCCUUUCUUUUGGAAGCUAUUUUUGCUAUGAUAAUCCUUCAGCACUUCAAGAUGUCUUCAUAAACUCUUUAGACAUGACAAAGGUUGAAUUUAUGAACUUGUACGCAUUUUACUCAUGGCCAAAUGUAAUUCUAAGUUUUGUAGGUGGUUUUCUUAUCGAUAGAGUAUUUGGUAUCCCAUGGGGAAGCAUUAUUUUUUCAAUGUUUGUACUUAUUGGGCAAAUAAUAUUCGGUAUAGGAGCUUAUUUUAAAAAUAUUCCUGCAAUGUAUUUUUCCCGAUUGAUAUUUGGAAUCGGUGGUGAAUCACUCGCUGUAGCACAGAAUACUUAUUCAACUGAAUGGUUUCCACCGAAUGAGUUAAAUCUAGUAUUUGGACUUCAACUUAGCAUGUCACGUAUUGGAUCGACAGUGAACAUGGUAACAAUGCAACCACUGAAUCGAGCUGUUGGCAAACACUUCAAUAUACACACUAAUAAACAAUUGGGUGCAUCUUUAUUGAUUGCUUCUGUUACCUGUUUAUUUUCUACUAUCUGUGCUGUAAUUAUGUUGUUUUUUACAAAGAGAGCUAAACGCAUUCUGUCAUCUUGUGGAAAACCGCAUUCACUGAAUACCCAACCUAUUGAAUCCAAUACACUUGAAAUAUCUAAUCAUGAAGAAGAACAAUUACUCACGACGAAAGAAGAAGAUCAAAACAAAAAGAUCUCUCCUAUGGAUGUUAUUCAUUUUCCAGGCGCUAUUUGGCUUAUUUGUAUCAUUUGUGUGACAUAUUAUGUAACAGUAUUUCCAUUUGUUAGUUUAGGACUAGUAUUUUUUGAAAGGAAAUUUGGUUUAUCUGUUCAAGAUGCUAGUGUUGUUAACAGUCUUAUCUACAUUAUAUCCGCUGUGGCAAGUCCUGUAUUUGGAGCAGCAAUUGAUAUUAUCGGAUAUAAUUUAUAUUGGUUAUUCAGUGGAAUAUUAAUUACAUUAGGCUGUCAUUUAUGCUUUGCUUUUACUAGUGGUCAAAUUCCCCCACUAGCUAUCAUGAUUGUGAUGGGUUUGUCUUAUUCUGUUCUGGCUAGUAGUUUAUGGCCAAUAGUUGCUUUUGUAUUGCCAUUGCAUCAAAGAGCCACAGCUUAUGGUUUAAUUUCGUCAAUUCAAAAUUUAGGACUUGGAUUAAUUUCCAUAUUUGCUGGAUAUUUAGUUGAUACAAAAGGUUAUUUGUUCCUUGAAGUGUUUUUCGUCUUCUGUCUAAGUAUCGCUAUCACUGCUACAUUUGGUCUACUUAUAUGGGAUCAUCGUUUUGGUACAGGAUUACUAAAUGAAUCUGGUGUAAAUAGACGAUCGAAAAAUCUUGUCAGUAAAAUUGAUGAUGGAACUGUAAGCCGUACAUCAUUGGAGCCAGUUAUUACUUGAUUAUAAAUAUGAACUUCAUAAUUUUGUUUCAUUUCUCAUAUUUUAUCAUAAAUGAUUUUCAAUUAAACUUUUUUACUUUGUUUCUAUGUGUCCUACAUGAUUCAUUACGCCUGAUUCAUAUGUUCUUUAUAAAUUCAGUUAAGUAUUUUCGUACACCAACAGCUGAACUUCCUCAUGGAGUUAUAGCAGUUUAAUUUAUAUCUUAUUUUAACGAUAAGUAUUCAAUUAUGUUUCGUUUUUGAUUACAUGUUUCAUUUUCUAAAUCAUGAAUUCUAUGUAUUUUUUUUGUAUUUUGUGAUUUGAUUUCAUUAUAAGUAUUGGAUAUUUCUUUUGGUUAUACAAAAUGUUUCGUACUAAUUACAGUUAACCGGGACUACUACUCUUGGUUCUUUUUUCAAUCACGUUAUUUC